ACAAUCGGUCAUCGAAACCUCACCGGCCAUCAUUCCUCACAUGAGAUUUGCGCCGCCGACGCGGUUCCCCACCUUUUUCUUCUUCCUACCCAUUCUCACCUUUCAAUGGCGGGGAUUAUAAACGUCUAAGAAUUCGCUUCCUAUGUCCUCGCCAGUUCCCUGGAAACAAGAACCAAAGUGGCAAACGAGGGGCUUCCUUUCCUUCACAGUACUAUUCGUGGAGGAAAGAACCCGAAGCCAUAAUGGCCGGUCUUCUGCUCUCCGAAGCCUGCGGCUUGAGGCCCCUCACUGCCGCAGCUCAUUUUCGGCCAAGGCCUCGUCUUCCGGCGGCGGACACCAAUCGGAGCUUUCCCUUUUCCGGCAGUCAACCGUUUCGUCUUUCAACUGUCAUAGGUCCCGGUGCGCUCCUUAGGGAUUGUAUGCUGAGGGUAAGCGCGCCGGCGAGGCCCAUUGUUGUUGAGGAGGAGAAAAGGGAUAAUGUUAGUGGGAUUCAAACCGAGGAAUUCGAUCCUGGGAUGCCGCCGCCCUUUGGACUUGCGGAGAUCCGCGCGGCGAUACCAAAACACUGCUGGGUGAAGAAUACAUGGCGGUCGAUGAGCUACGUAGUUCGGGACGUUGCCGUCGUCUUUGGCCUCGCGGCCGCCGCUGCUUCUAUCAACAGCUGGGUUGUUUGGCCUCUGUAUUGGGCAGCACAGGGAACGAUGUUCUGGGCUCUCUUCGUUCUUGGCCAUGACUGUGGACACGGAAGCUUUUCGAAUAAUCACAAACUGAACAGUGUUGUUGGCCAUCUCCUUCAUUCCUCCAUUCUUGUGCCCUACCAUGGAUGGAGAAUAAGCCACAGAACUCAUCAUCAAAAUCAUGGCCAUGUGGAGAACGACGAAUCUUGGCACCCUUUGUCUGAAAGUGUUUAUAAGAGCUUGGAUACGCCAACUAGGAAGCUUAGAUUCACAUUUCCUUUUCCAAUGCUUGCCUUUCCCUUCUAUCUGUGGAGCCGAAGUCCUGGAAAGAGUGGAUCACACUUCAAUCCAGAGAGUGAUUUGUUUGUUCGGAAUGAAAAGAAAGAUGUCAUUACUUCUACAGCUUGUUGGAUGACUAUGGCUGCUUUGUUAGCUGGAUUAACAUUGGUUAUGGGUCCUCUACAGAUGUUUAAGCUUUAUGCAAUUCCCUACUUGAUAUUUGUUAUGUGGUUGGACUUUGUAACUUAUUUGCAUCACCAUGGACAUGAGGAAAAGCUUCCUUGGUAUCGUGGAAAGGAAUGGAGUUAUCUUCGAGGAGGCUUGACGACCCUUGACCGUGACUAUGGAUGGAUCAACAACAUCCACCAUGACAUUGGUACUCAUGUGAUUCAUCAUCUCUUCCCACAAAUACCACAUUACAAUCUUAUAGAGGCUACUGAGGCAGCUAAGCCAGUCCUUGGAAAAUACUACAGAGAACCAGAGAAAUCUGCCCCUUUACCUUUUCACCUGAUUGGAGUUCUUGCAACGAGCUUGAAACGUGAUCACUAUGUUAGUGAUGCUGGCGACGUUGUGUACUAUAAGAAGGAUACUGAAUUAUGAUUCUUAGAAGACAAGUGAACAUUAUUCUUUCUAGUAAGAAUACUCAAAGAGGCAUACAGAAAGACGACUAGCCCUCUUAUUGAUCUAGCUUAAGGUGUAUUUUUUGUUUGAUUUCCUCUGCCCAUUGACUAUUAUUCUUUGUUUAUCUCUUCUGGAGCUGUGCUCAGAAGCUGAACGAGGUGUUACAAGAACAAAUUAAUGCUAAUGGAUAGUGAUUCUCUUCAAUAA